AUUUUUACUGUAGCACCAAGCUAAGGCUUUUUCCCUCUAUUCAGUGCAGCCCUGCUUCCGCUUGGUGAAACCACGCAUGUGUUGAUCCGUGCUGCAGCAACGUGCAUCAGUUCCUCUCUGACCCCACUGUUAAUCUGCAUUCAGACUGAGACUCCACUGCUUUUUUUUUUUUUCAGCUGCUCGAUAUUAAGAGUAGCAUAUUACAGGGGGGCUUCUUCUUCGCCGUCUCCGGCAGUGUUUUUUUUAGGGCCCUGCUAUAGUGCUGACGACUCGACAACAGACCAAAAAAAAAAAAAAUUCGCGACGCGAAAAUCAAGCUUUCGACUCGCAUCGAUUGUGUUUUUGGCUCAUUUCACCCCACCGCACGUCCGCCUCGGGUCUAGAUUUGCAGACCCGCUACUGCUAACGUGCGUAAUGUAUCGUAGAGAGGAAACACAGUAAAUAGACGGACACGUCCAUCUGCAAUAAAGAGGAAACGAAGAUGGUGAUGAUGGCUUCACCAAAUUUAGCCUCCAAAUGCUCGACAGCAAUGGCGAAGCCUUCCAUCCCCCUGAAGCUGUUUCUCUGGGUCUUUAUUGUCGUUAAUCUCCCUACAAGCUCCUUCCAGACUGAUGACGAUGAUGAGGUGGCUAACAAGACGUGGGUGCUGACUCCCAAAGUGUACGAGAGUGACGUCACGCACAUCCUAAACAGCCUACUAGAUGGAUAUGACAACAAGCUCAGACCUGACAUUGGAGUCAAACCGACAGUGAUCCACACAGACAUGUUUGUCAACAGCAUCGGUCCAGUAAAUGCCAUCAAUAUGGAAUACACCAUCGACAUCUUCUUUGCCCAGACCUGGUACGACAGGAGGUUAAAAUUCAACAGCACGAUGAAGGUUCUUCGUCUCAACAGCAACAUGGUGGGGAAGAUCUGGAUCCCAGACACCUUUUUCCGCAACUCGAAGAAGGCCGACGCCCACUGGAUCACCACGCCCAAUCGCAUGCUUCGAAUCUGGAACGACGGUCGGAUACUUUACACCCUCAGGUUGACCAUCGAUGCAGAGUGCCAGCUUAAACUGAACAACUUCCCAAUGGAUGAGCACUCGUGUCCCCUGGAGUUUUCAAGCUAUGGCUACCCCAGGGAGGAGAUUGUGUACAAGUGGAAGAGGAGCUCAGUGGAGGUUGGGGAUAUCCGCUCCUGGAGGCUCUACCAGUUCUCCUUCGUGGGCCUGAGGAACACCUCUGAGAUUGUCAGGACUGUCUCAGGAGACUAUGUGGUGCUGACUGUCUUCUUUGACCUGAGCAGGAGAAUGGGCUACUUCACCAUUCAAACCUACAUCCCAUGCACCCUGAUCGUUGUCCUGUCCUGGGUUUCAUUCUGGAUCAACAAGGAUGCAGUACCUGCCAGGACAUCAUUAGGCAUCACCACUGUGCUGACCAUGACCACGCUGAGUACUAUUGCUAGGAAAUCACUUCCAAAAGUGUCCUAUGUGACCGCCAUGGACCUGUUUGUGUCCGUCUGCUUCAUAUUCGUCUUCGCUGCACUUAUAGAGUAUGGCACGCUGCACUACUUUGUAAGCAACAGGAAGCCGAGCGCCAAAAAGGACAAGAAGAAGAAAAACCCGCUCCUCCGGCUCUUUUCCUCAAAGCAGACACCCACGGUAGACAUCCGUCCACGUUCGGCCACGGCCAUUCAGAUGAACAACGCCACACACAUGCAGGAGCGAGACGAGGAGUACGGCUACGAGUGUCUGGACGGGAAGGACUGCACCAGCUUCUUCUGCUGUUUCGAAGACUGCCGCUCCGGAGCUUGGCGGCACGGCAGGUUGCACAUCCGCAUCGCCAAGAUAGACUCAUAUGCACGCAUCUUCUUCCCCACUGCGUUCGGUCUCUUCAACCUGGUCUACUGGGUCUCCUAUCUCUAUCUCUAGGCGUGGGUGUUCAUCCAGGCCUUAUCAUACAGCUCAUUACAUUCUACAUAUGCUCUGUGCCAGCAAGGGACAUUGUGAAGGAGGGGACCCACUGAAACACCCACUGAUUUAUUUCAUUCCUUAGUCUAAUCUCUUUGAAUUUAGGUGGUUUUAUUUAAAAAAAACUUUGACAGACAUUGCAAAUGUUGUAGCAUUACAUUUAACUGGUAUGAGGAGUUUUGUAGAUGUGUUGUGAAGACACUGAUUGUGUGAGCAUUUUUUUUUUUUUUUUUUGGAUUUUCUGUUUGCAAUUUCUUUUUUUCUUCUCAGUGGGAUUUUUACUAAUUGCUUUAUUUUUAGACAAAUACAUUCCUUCCAUAGGGAGCAAUUUAAAUAAAUAGCAAUUCAGAUAACAACAGCAAACACCUAUCUGAAAAGAAUCUAAAUGACUUUACUUAUCAUUUCUUUUCACUUGUACUAAAACACACAAUCUGAAGCACUUUAAUAGAGCUAUGUUAGAAACUGAUGCUAAUUUAUUUUUAAUUUAUUUAGUGUUGGCACGAUUAAAACAACGCGUUUUUUCAUGUGUGGUCAGAGAGAGAUGAUGCUGUUUAUGGACAAUGCUCAAUUGUACAGACACUGUAUAUAUUUUACUAUUACAUAGUGGUUUACAUUUAUUGCAUGCACCUUUCAGGCCAAAAAUCAACAUCUUUUAUGGUCUUCUAUUGUUGGCUAUGGAAAAAUAAAUAAAAAAAGAGCACUGUUGAUUAUCAUUCGAGAUUUAAUUAUACUAUUUUCUAGGAAAAUUGGAAAAUGAAAUGAUAAAAAACGUGCCCGGUUUAUCCUUUUUGAGUUGAGAAUUCAUCUUUGCAUACAGGCGGGAGGAGCAGCCAAAACAACUGCUUUAAUCAUUUUCCUCACAGCUAUUCGCUUACGGUAUAGUAUUACACUGUCAUCAUGUGUGGAUUUACAUAAUGACACAGUUUUUUGGUUAUGCAAGUUUUUACGGGACAAACUCUACAGAACAAGUUUUCUUCUAAAAACGACUUUUUUCUUUUUUCUUUUUUUGCCCUUUACAUUAGCAGAGCGAUAACUGCAUCUGUGUAACCAGCGGGUGAGAUUCACAUAGAGUAAAACUAAUCUACACUGUAAUGUGAAUGUCAAUAAAGACAGCUGUUGGGUAUUUUUGAAAUUCCCUGCAGUGGGACAGGGUUCAUUCAAUGUGUCAUUCUUCUAAGAUGAGCAACAAAACAAAGGAAAAAAAAUAUGAAUUCAUAUCAAAUAAACAUUCAAGUAAAAAGAAAAAAAGCUUGUGUUGAGAAGAGAUGUGUAAGCCUUAUUAUCAAACAUCAAACUUCCUGUCUUGUUGAGAAGAAACACAUUCAGAAUGUAAAUUAAUACACAGUGAGGAAAUUGAUUCACUUGUUUGGGCAGAAUUGUAUUUUUUUUUUUUAUGGUUUAUUUUGACUUUGUUUCCAUUGAAAUUAGCUUUGAAUGCCGUUAUGUUACGUGACGAGAGCGGAGAUCACAGCGAAAGCGUCUGAAUUGUAAAUGUCGUGUAUGAUAACAUGUAACGCACAUGAACUACGACCCCUAACAGAUUACAGUUUUGAUAGACACCAGUAU